CUGGUCCCUAAAGUCUGUUUCCGUUUCACGCUCCAACUCACUCGAACCUUCUUCCAGUAGCCGUAUCUGCUCCUGCUUCCAGCUCUAUCACUGUUUGAGGUUUCUGUUGAAGCGCUCCCUCCAUCUUUUCAAUAAGGUUCCCGCAAUGGUUCGGUCCAACGCCACACGCCUAGCCUGCCGCCUCGCUCGCGAUUCCCUCUCGUCCCACCUUGUGCGUGAUUCGGGUCGCAUAGGGGUGUACAGACAAUUUACUACGUCAAUAUACGAUAAAGUCAGAGUCUUUUCCAAUUCGACAUUUUGGAAUGGAGCUAAUGAAAGAGGCAGGCUGAAACUCGGAUUGCCAAGAGCCGAUUUUGGCGCUACUAGAUGCAUCCAUGCCACAGCACACAUGUCAGCCAAAGAUUAUUAUGACGUACUUGGCAUUGGCAAGAAUGCAACUGCAUCUGAGAUAAAAAGAGCUUAUCUUGGGCUUGCUAAGCAGUUGCAUCCAGAUGUGAAUAAAGAUGAUCCAGACGCUGCAACAAAGUUUCAGGAAGUUCAAAAGGCGUAUGAGGUUCUGAAAGAUGAUGAACAACGACAAACAUAUGAUAAGCUGGGCCAUGAUGCUUACAACAACAUGAAUGCGAAUGGUGGUGCUGGUCCGGGGACUGGUUUUGGUGGCUUCCCUGGUUUUGAGGAGCUCUUUAGAAAUCCCGAUAUAUUCAACUUUAUGAACCAGAGGAUGGGUGGCGAAGAUGUCAAGGUUUCUGUUGAAUUAUCAUUCAUGGAAGCUGUUCAGGGUUGCACCAAGUCUCUAUCAUUCCAAACAGAAUUAGCUUGUGGUGCUUGUGGUGGAAGUGGCGUGCCCCCAGGGACUAGGCCUGAAACUUGUAGACUCUGCAGAGGUGCUGGCAUGGUGAUUCAGAAAAAUGGUUUCUUCACGCUACAGACUAUCUGCCCUCAAUGUAAAGGAUCUGGAAAGACCGUAUCAAGUUUCUGCAAGACUUGCAAGGGAGAACGAGUAGUGAGAGGGCUUAAAACUGUGAAGUUGGAUGUUAUGCCAGGAGUUGACAAUGAUCAGAUUCUGAAAGUGUAUAGAAGUGGUGGAGAAGAUCCUGAAGGCAAUAAACCGGGUGAUCUUUAUGUCACUAUCAAGGUUAGGGAAGAUCCAGUGUUCCGGAGAGAAGGAUCUGAUAUCCAUGUCAAUGCUGUUCUUAAUAUGACACAGGCAAUUUUGGGAGGAACUGUGCAAGUGCCUACUCUGACUGGGGAUGUUGUUGUCAAGGUACGACCUGGCACCCAACCUGGCCAAAAAGUUGUCCUGAAACAGAAAGGGAUUAGAGCAAGGAAUUCAUAUUCAGCCGGGGAUCAGUAUGUGCACUUCAUUGUCAACAUUCCCACGAACUUGACACGUAGACAACGUCAAUUGAUUGAGGAAUUUUCUCUGGAAGAACAAGGAGACCAGGACAAGGGCGCUGCUGCAGGAGCCUCUAGGUAGAGCCAAGCACUAAAGAAAGAAAGUUCAUCCAAAAAACUAAAGGGGCAUUAGAAUUCUUUGCAGUACACACCUGGACAAUUUUUAAUCAGUAUUUAAUUUAUAGUAGUACCUUCUUUCUUUUGGGCAAAUUUGUAACUGUUAUUCUAAAGAAGAAUGACAUUGUUAACACUUAACAUGGUGAAAGCAUAGAUGAGUUGAACUUAAUGAUUGUUUGGUAUGUCAUUUGCCACAAUUUAUUGUACAUAAACAUCUAUGAGACUAUGAUUUUUGUCUACUUGUUGCUCGUUUCAAUUCAGUUAGAGCAAAUUUAUA